AGAGCUAGGAAAAUUAGAAUCACCCAUGCCGACCUUUUCUCAGAGCGGAUCUCUGCUUUCUAUUCGUGUUUAUUGUAAAGGGCUUGACUCUCUAGAGUGGUUCCACGGUGCCUGUAAAAGUCGAGGAGUAGCAAGUGGCUGCUUUCCGUUUUAUUUUAAACCGUUAUUUCAACCUCAGGGACUUUAAGACCUGCGGCCUUUAAGUGCCAGAAUUAUGGGGAGUUCUGGGAGUUGGUCCAGGCGCCUUAAAGACACCAAGGCUGGGAAAAGCUGCUCUAAACUUAUUCUUGCAUAUGCUACAGAGGUAUCUCGGUAGGAACAAGAGGGCGGAGAGUCACCUCUCCCGAUCAGGUGGAACCACAGAAGUGACGGGGCGGCGCUGAUUGGAAGAGGGGAAGGUCGCUCAAGGAAGGGCAAGUAGGAGAUCGGGUGUCUACAGUAGUACGCUGUAUGCGGGAAGGUGGGAAGUGGGGUUUACUCAAGCUCCGGUUUGCAGUAGGAGGUUUUAAAAGAAAUGCCACACAGAGUGAUUAUUUAACUUUGGCAUUAUUUGCUCUUCCCACACACAAUGCCUUUCUCUGACUUUAUCUUAGCCCUAAAGGACAAUCCGUAUUUUGGGGCAGGCUUUGGUCUAGUUGGUGUGGGCACAGCCUUGGCCCUGGCACGUAAGGGGGCUCAGGUUGGCAUGAUGGUUUUCAAACGGCAUUAUAUGAUCACCCUGGAAGUGCCAAGCAGGGACAAGAGUUACCACUGGCUGUUGAACUGGAUAUCUCACCAUGCUAAGCACACCCAGCACCUGAGCGUGGAGACUUCUUACCUGCAACACGAGAGUGGCCGUGUCAGUACAAAAUUUGACUUUAUUCCCAGCCCUGGGAAUCAUUUCAUUUGGUAUCAAAAGAAGUGGAUACGUAUAGAACGGAACCGGGAGAACCAGAUGAUUGAUCUCCACACAGGCACCCCUUGGGAGUCUGUCACAUUUACAGCAGUUGGCAAUAAAAGAGAAAUUUUUUUCAACAUCAUGCAAGAAGCCAGGGAAUUGGCUCUGAGACAGCAAGAAGGCAAAACAGUAAUGUAUACAGCAAUGGCUGCUGAAUGGCGGCCAUUUGGUUUCCCACGACGACAACGCCCACUCACCUCUGUAGUGUUCGACAAAGGAAUAUCAGAGAGGAUUGUGCAAGAUGUGAAAGAGUUCAUUGAUAACCCCAAGUGGUACAUUGAUAGAGGAAUACCUUACAGGAGAGGAUACUUACUGUAUGGGCCCCCAGGUUGUGGCAAGAGCAGUUUCAUCACAGCCCUGGCUGGAAAAUUGCAGUACAGCAUCUGUCUUCUGAGCCUGAGUGAUCGAAGUCUCUCAGAUGAUCGCCUCAAUCAUUUGCUGAGUGUAGCUCCACAACAGAGCAUCAUCCUCUUGGAAGACAUAGAUGCGGCCUUUGUCAGUCGGGACCUUGCUGCUGAAAAUCCUGUUGCAUAUCAAGGCAUGGGACGUUUAACAUUCAGUGGCCUUCUCAAUGCGUUGGAUGGUGUAGCUUCUUCUGAAGCCAGACUAGUAUUUAUGACUACGAAUUAUAUGGACAGGCUGGAUCCAGCCCUGAUUCGCCCAGGCCGAGUAGACCUCAAACAGUACAUUGGGUAUUGUUCAGAGUGGCAGUUCAAACAGAUGUUCCACAAAUUCUAUCCAGACCAGCCAUCUGUUCUAGCUGAGCAAUUUGCUAAACGAGCCCUUUCUGUCUCUGUUAAAAUCAGCGCUGCACAAGUUCAAGGUUAUUUCAUGUUACACAAAGCAGACCCAGUUAAAGCCAUUCAGAAUGUAGAGAUGCUUAUAUCUUGAUUUUGAACAAACACUGAGAAAACAUUGAAGGUAAUUGCGUGGGCUGUUCACCCAGCACAAAGGGGAUACCGUCAAUAUUUCUGUCUCAGUGAGGUGGUCCUUUUUGUAAAAAAUAAAGAAUAAACCAAACAAUCUCAUUGCACUUCUCUGAAAAAGAAAUUGAAUAUGGAGUUCAGAUUGAAUGACUUCUCCCUUCCCCUCUGUGCCUCAAUAACUGCUGUAGUAAUAUACUGAGAAGGCACUUGGUUUUUUAAAAUUGAUGGCUCUAGGGCAGGGGUAGGCAACCUUGGCUCUUUUAUGACUCGUGGACUUCAACUCCCAGAAUUCCUGAGCCAGCAUAACUGGCUCAGGAAUUCUGGUCAUAAAGCCAAGGUUGCUUACCCCUGCUCUAGGGCAUACCAUUCAGCUUCAAGCAACUUACAGGCUCCAGAAAGGAAACAAAGCAUCUCUCUUCUAGAAUGUCUUACUUGUAGCCUACAUCAAAACCAGAUCUGCCUUGUCAUGAUCUUCCAAGGUCGGAAAAUGGUGAUUAUAGAGGAGCAGCAAAGCCUCUUAAUAGGUUAAUUGUACGUGUGGGCAGUUCAAUGUAUUGCAAAUAGAUUGGUUUUAAUUCUGCCUGAAGGAAAUGGAAUCUGUCUGCUAGCAUUAGGGGUUAAAUGCUUUUCAUAGAAUAUGAUAUUGAAAUACAGCAACCCGUUUCUCAUAUUGCUCUUAUGUUGCUCUGAAACUGUUUUGAUCUGUGGACUUCCACUGUCUUUGUACUGAGAACAUAGUCUGUCUAUAACUGUUCCAGCCUAUUCUCGCAAAUACCAACAAAUGCAGCCAAGGAAGACUCCUGCUACUCUUACUUUCAACCCUUAAAGAACCAAACAUUGUUGUUUUUUUCCAGAUCAUUGUCACUAACACAAGGGGCCCCAACCCCCGAUCUGUGGAUCAGUACCGGUCUGUGGCAUGCCAUUAACCAGUCCACACAAACAAGCAAAGCCCUAUCCGCGUGAUGGAGGCAGCACACAAAACCACGCACCCUCCAAUCCACGGAAAAACCUCUUUCCACGGAACCGGUCCCUGGUGCCCAAAAGGUUAGGGACCUCCCUCUGCACUAGCACACCAAUUUGUGAGGCAUAAUAACCCUACAAAAGUUCUGGAAAUGACAACUAAGAAGCAGCACUGAGUUGUCUGUAUCUCUCCAUCUUCUAGAGCAGGGGUCCCCAACCGGUACUGGGUUGCAGCAUGUCAACAACCGGUCUGCACAAAGAAGCAAAGCCCCAUCCGCGGAAUGCAGGCAGCAUACAAAACCACACCCCCUCUGGUCUGUGGAAAAAUCUCCAUAUAACUGGUCCCUGGUGCCCAAAAGGUUGGGGACCUCUGUUCUAGAGCCCUUUCAUCAUAUUCUUCAAUCUAUCUUAGUUAAGUUUUAUAGACAUAGUAUUUCUGUAUGGCGCUGUUAAAAUAAUUCAAAGAAGAAACAAGUCAGCCGAUAAAAAUUGAUUCUAAAGGGACCUGAUUCUGAUCUAGUUACUACUGGGAUCCAAUCCAAUCUAGUAUUUUUCUCUGAAACUAUUUUCCACAUUCCUUCCAUGGCAAGAAUUAAAAUCUGACAUGUAAUUGAAUCAUGGUUUACUGUGUUAAUAAAGUAUACUAUAAUGUA